AGACAGAAAUCUUUAAUAAAUAAAUAAAUAAACAAGCAAACAAACUUGAACCACAAAGGACAAAACCAACCCACUUGCAGGAAUGUAUGAGUCAGGCACUAGCACGUUGAAUUUUCAGCCCACACUAAGAUCAAUCCAUCAGUUCUACUCAGCUAUUGCCCUUGUCUUGUCAUGUACUGUAGUCUAGGGAGGAAGUUUCUAGUUGGCUUGGUAUUCAGUAGUGUCUACAACCGUCAGCUUGCACUUGCUAGGCACAAGUGUUCUCCCAAAGCAGCACAGAAGGUCUCUGCAGACCAGCAGAGGCUGCUUGUCUGCUGCAUAGCUAAGAAUCUAAACUGCUACAGUGGAGCCGCCCUCUGGCUGAGGCUGACAGUCUGCUCUUUAGCAAGAGAGAGACUGAAAUGUGUUGAAGUGGAGUACAGUAACUUGAUACCAUGAAGGAUCCCCUCAGCCAGUCUGGCUUUGAAACCUGAGGCACUUGAGAUAAUUUUUAGAUGUCUGCAAUGUUACCAGGUGAGUGCUGAUAAAACUGAAGCUCAGCGCCAGCUUCCUGUCACCAUGUAGUAAAAUCAAGUGGAGAGAGAAGUGAGGACCUGGGGAUCGGCUGUGUGUGUAGUUAAGUGCUGGGUGUUCAUCUGUGUCACCGGAUCCCUAGAGUUCAGGAUCGUGUUAGGUUUUUGUCAGCACUCUCCAGCAUGGCACAGGGACAGUGUUCCCAGAACUUAGGUUAGAAAAGGGACAUUUCCCACAGAGCUCUUAGAGUUUUUUGGACUAGCCCAGAGCCUAGGUCAUUUGUAAUAAUCUUUAGCUAUUGAACCAGUCUCUUAAAUUAAAAUAGGGGAAAUUGUUUUGAACCCUUUCCAUCUCCUCCUCACCCUCCCUUGGUAGUGUCCUACUGUGUUUUUGACUAUGUGCUUCUCUUUCUUAUACACUUAUCCCCACAUACUCUGUUCCAAAAGUACCUACCUUCCUUAAACCCCAAAGUCCUUAUUCCAUGUAACAUGAGAAUGGAAACACUUGGGUUGAAUUAAUUUAUAUUAAGAUACAGGUGUCUCACCUCAGCAUCUAGUAUAUCAGAGGCAUUUGUGUGAUGGCAUGAAGUAAUUUCAUUGAGUCUAGCUGUGAGGGGCCUUAGGGUUCUUCUGGGGAAUUGACUUAAGGUCAGGGCAAACUUCAAAAGAUUUUAAGCCUGGGCUAAUCAGAUAACAUUCAUGGAAGUUCUGAGCCUUUGGCUUUAACUUCAAUACCAAGUGAGUCCCAAGCCUUUCCUGAUGUCACUUAAUCAUCCACCCUCCCACCUCCUGGCCACUUUGACAGUCUCCUGACAUGAAUGUUCUUCCAUAUUCUUGCCUUCUUUAUCACAUUGUUGUCUGCCCAGUCACAGGAAUGUGAGGUGCAGGAGAACAGGAAGCCAGCCUGCAAGCUCACCUCCCACCAUCAGCACCUCUGUGAUGCACAGUGUGCAGCGGGCUCACAAACACUCGGGAGAGGAAGAGAGAAGGAAGAUGUGUACUUGCCAGAUCAAUUGCAGGAUGGAGGGACUGCUACAUUACAUCAACCCAGCACAUGCCAUCUCUCUGCUCAGCGCCCUCAAUGAGGAGCGCCUUAAGGGACAGCUAUGUGAUGUACUCCUGAUUGUUGGGGACCAGAAGUUCCGAGCUCAUAAGAACGUCUUGGCUGCCAGCAGUGAGUACUUCCAGAGUUUAUUCACGAAUAAGGAGAACGAGGCACAGACUGUCUUUCAGCUGGACUUCUGUGAGCCUGAUGCUUUUGACAACGUUCUGAACUACAUUUACUCUUCCUCCCUUUUUGUGGAGAAGGGCAGCCUUGCUGCUGUGCAGGAACUGGGGUAUAGCCUUGGUAUCUCCUUCCUGACCAACAUCGUUGCCAAAGCCCCUCAGGCUCCUUUUCCAGCCUGUCCCAACAGGAAAAGAGUUCCGGUGGAAGAUGACGAGACCAGCUCUCAAAAGCGAAGUGUCAUCGUGUGUCAGGGCAGAAGCGAAGUGCCAGGGAAAGCCAGUGGUCCAGCUGUGCAGGACCUCAGCCAUGCUGCCCUGGCGUCCCCGAGUGGUGCAGUCAAGACCAGCACCAGUAAGCCACAUGUGGCCAAGCCGCCAGAGCAGCUUCACAGCCUGUCCUUAAAUGAAAAGAGUUGGCCGAAGGAUAGUGCUGCAGUAUAUGCAAAGUCUGUGGAACAACCUGGGGCUUUGGAUGAUCCUAACAGGGGUAGUUUGGUUAAGAGAAACGCAGUCCUACCCUCAAAGCCUUCACAAGAUAGGGAGGCCAUGGAUGAUAAACCAGGAGUGAGCAGCCAGCUUCCCAAGGGGAAAGCUAUAGAGCUGGCUCUGAAGAGACCACGGCCACCUGUUCUGUCUCUUCGUAGCUCAUCAGAGACUCCAUAUCUCUUAAAAGAGACUAGCAAAGGAGGCAGUCAGGGGGAGGAUAGGAACUUGCUCUACUACUCUAAGCUAGGCCUGGUGGUCCCAUCCAGUGGGCCCGCCUCUGCAAACCAGAGCAUUGACAGAAGUGGCCCGCUAGUGAAAAGCCUCCUCAGGCGGUCACUGUCUAUGGACAGCCAGGUGCCUGUCUACUCCCCCUCCAUAGAUUUGAAGUCGUCCCAGGGAUCAUCCACAGCAGCAAAUGAGGCACCAGGCAGUGUGUUCUGUGCAGUGUCUCAACAGUCCUCUUUAAAAGAUGGCAGUGACAAAAAAACCCUGGAUGACAGGCCUCAAGUGCUCCAGCCUCAUCGCCUCAGGUCCUUCAGUGCGUCUCAGUCAACGGACAGGGAGGGGACCUCCCCUGUGACUGAGGUGCGCAUUAAGACUGAGCCUAGCAGCCCUCUGUCGGACCCCUCAGACAUCAUCCGGGUCACCGUGGGAGAUGCAGCAACAACUACGAGAGACCUGCCCCUCAAAACAGAGGAAGACCAGAGGGACAUUAGCAGACUCCCAGCAAAAAGAAGGUUCCAGACAGACAGAAGGUCGCCCUUGAAGAAAACAAGGGCAAAUGAGCAUGGGCCUUCUGUCUCAGAAGAGAACUGUGAGGAGGGCAGGAGCCCUCCUUCCCUUGACAGCAACUUCCCAGAUUCUGAAUUAAACAGAGAGGAGUUUGAGCAAGGCAACCACGAGCGCUUGUGCCGGAAUGCCACCGUUUGCCCUUUCUGCAGCCUCAGGUUCUUCUCCCCAGCGCUGAAGCAGGAGCAUGAAGACAGGUGUGAGUACAAAAAGCUGACCUGCCUGGAGUGCAUGCGCACCUUCAAGUCUUCCUUCAGCAUCUGGCGGCACCAGGUGGAAGUGCACAACCAGAACAACAUGGCUUUAGCAGAGAACAUUUCCCUGCCUACCCUGGACCACAAUGGUGAAGUGGCAGCUGCUUCCAGGCCUCAGUCUGAGCCUAGCAAGGUAAACCAUGUGACUGCUCCAAAAGAGGACACAGUGUUUAGUGACUCUUCAGAGCAAGUGAACUUCGAUUCUGAGGAUUCCUCCUGCCUCCCUGAAGACUUGAGUCUUUCAAAGCAACUGAAAGUCCAAGUCAAAGAGGAGCCUGUGGAGGAGGCUGAGGAGGAGACUCCUGAGGCCAGUGCAGCUCCCAGGGAGGCUGGUCCCAGCAAGGAGGCUGGUCUGUGGCCCUGCGAGAAAUGCGGGAAGAUGUUCACGGCACACAAGCAGCUGGAACGACACCAGGAGCUGCUGUGUUCCGUGAAGCCCUUCAUCUGCCAUGUGUGCCACAAAGCCUUCCGUACCAACUUCCGGCUCUGGAGUCACUUCCAGUCCCACAUGUCUCAGGCCACAGAGGAGCCUGCACAGAAAGAGGCUGAGGUGUGUCCUGUGCCCACCAAUUCCCCCUCACCACCACCUCUGCCACCUCCACCGCCCUUGCCUAAGAUCCAGCCCCUGGAGCCCGACAGCCCCACAGGCCUUCCUGAGACUCCGACCCCUGCCACAGAGAAACUGUUUGCACCCCAGGAGUCAGACACCCUCUUCUACCACGCCCCUCCCCUUUCAGCAAUCACAUUUAAAAGACAGUUCAUGUGCAAACUCUGCCAUAGGACAUUCAAGACCGCUUUCAGUCUUUGGAGUCAUGAGCAGACACACAAUUAAAUGACCUACCCCUCUCACCUGUCACAGAACAGCAGCCCCUGGCUUUGUGAACUGUGUCCUAAGACAACUUUUUUUUUAAAAAAAUAAUAAAGGUUGGAAACUGUUAUGUUUGAAUUUAGAUUUGGGAUAAAUUGAUGUUGGCUAGGAAUGUUCUAACAACUUCAGAAACAAACUCUGAAAUAUUGUGCUUCUGGACCUCGGCCAGCAGGGCUUUGAUUCUGUUACUGUUGAAGUUGAGUUAAUGUUGCUGAAAUGCAUGGUUCCUCAUUCCAAGGCAUCGCUAUAAUCACUUGACUGAGGUUUUAGGGUUUUGUUUUCUGGGUAGUGGGAUACUAGGGUAUUGUUGGGUUUUUGGUUUGGGGUUUUUUAAUUUAUUAUUUUGGACACCUAAGUUUGAAGUAACCCUUAGCCAUGUUUGUAAGGCCAAAAACAUACAAGGAAGAAAGGGAGUUGUUUGCAGUAUUGAGUCAGAUUUUAGAAUACCUUAGCAAUAAGAAAAAAAACAAACCCCCAACUUUAAUAAAUUAUCCUGACACUUGAUAAAACAAAAAUUUGGUAUUUUGUGGUCCUAUGAAACUUUUUUAUGAAAAUUGUGAGAAUUUAAAUCAGCAAUAGUCACACUUAGUUUUUUUUUUUUUUAAUAAAAUAAGCUGUCAGUCACUUUGUAUAAUCAGUGAUGGUCACAUGCUAAGGAAGGCAAAGAAAUGGAAGCCUGACUGUGGAGUGCUCAGCAGUCAGCAGCAACAGAUUAGUGUAAAACCACUGGACUCUGGUGUGCCGUCUGCACCACAGCGGCUCACAGCUGGCGCUCUGGAACUGACAUGGUCUGUGCCAGCUUGAAACUCGGGUGUCGCUGGGGUAGGCGGUACUAUCAUGAGGUUAGCGCAGCACAGCCUGACCACAUCCUAGACCACCUUUCAUUCUAGGCCUUCCGAGAUUAGAGGAAGUGCCACGUUGUAGCUUCCGUGUGCUCUCCAAGAACUGUCUGCACAACAUACGCAUUUCUGCCUGUCUGAUGUGAGGACUUCUGUGGGAGUAUUGACGUGGAUAGCAGUGAGAAGUCACUCUCUGACAUGCGAAUGUGUAUUGAAACACUAGCAAAGGUCCAAAAUUAGUUUUUGCAACUUGAUUUGGUACUUAGGGUUUGAGCUUCUUUUUUUCUGUUCCGUGUAGGUUGUAAUUAAAACUCUCUCCAUAGGCGAUAUCCAAAGUUCAGUGGAGUAAUUCAAAAGGCAAACUUCUGAUUUCACUCCCUCGAGGGAGGAACACACCUGGAAAGAAAAUUAGGGGAGGAGAAAUUCCCUAUUCACUUUUGCUGUAUGCUGUCUUCACAUUUUCAAGGUGUGCUCUAGCAGAGACACCACCCGUCUGCUCACCAGCAUCCUACACCCAUGGUAGCAAACAUUUUUAUAAAAUAGUCAUUGACUUUAUAUACUCUAGAAGCUAUACGUGGAAUUUUGACCUUUAUCCUUUCACUUGAAAAGGCUAUUGAAAAUCCAUAAAUAUGUCUGCAUUUCCUAUUUCAUUCCUUAAAUUUUCAGGAAGGGGAAAUAAAAUUAGGUUGCAGUUACUGAUUCUUGCCAUCUGCUCUUUUGAACUAUGCAUUUUAAAGAUGAACUAAAAGUGUCCACCUUUAAUGAGUGAAGCUAGUGCCAGGCUAGGUAGCUGUCCAUUGAACUCAUUCCAUGUGGCGAGUGUCUGGUCUCUCCCUCUAAGCCCCUUGGAGUGUCACUUUUCUUAGGACCAUCUCCCUGCAUGGUCAUCUCCUGUGUAGCUACAGAGCGAUAAUCUCCAAUCCUGGCAUUGCUAGUACAGUGCCCCAGGACUUGAACCUAUGCUACAUUUUUGAAAAUUUAUAAAAUAACAUUGUUGUAAAAAAAAUAAAUAAAAAGUAUUUUUGAUCUAAAUGUAGGGUCUACAUAUCUGUUAGGUUUUACAAAUUACCAGUGUUUGUCACCUUUUUUGUUUAGAAUAAAACAUAAGAUUUCAAAUAAAAUUUUGAACCAAAAACAUUUAUAAUGCAGUUGUGGUUUUUCUAUUGCUUUUUAUACUGUAUCUUAAAGGACGUCAGACUGAAAGAGUUUAUUUUGGUGUCAAAAACUAUCCUUCCACUCAUGUAACUAUUUUAAAUGCUAAGAAACAAAAUAAUGAAAGAUGUUAAUCACUGUAUUCAGUAAACAGUUUUUUAGAGGAUGUUUAUUUCAGCCAGCAGGCAGAUAUUUGGUGUUCAAUAAAUAGGUCUUUCACCAUUGUAAAUCUUUAGAUAGUAAAGAUAUUCUUGUAAAUGUUUUUCUGAUUGUAAUUAAUUUUUGCAAGUAUGGAAAGCACAUUGUUUCUUGUAAUUAUUUAAGAUGCCUGCUUUUUAUGCAGUUGUGGAAAGAAUGUAAACUGUUUUAAUAUAUUCUUUGUUAACC